AAGAGGUUCAGAAGAGGCUCGAUUGAGCUGAGUCGGGUCAGAUGUGUGGAAAUCGUCAAGAACGGAGGAAGAAUCAUUCCCUGUCAGAACAAAUACCCAUUUCAGGUGGUGUAUGAUACUAACACACUUUAUGUUUUCGCUCCGAGUCACGACAGCAGGAGCGUCUGGGUCCAGAGCCUGAAAGAGGAAAUAAAAGACAACCCAGAGGUCCUGAUGAAGUUUCAUCCCCAGUUCUGGCAGGAGGGGGCGUGGCUUUGUUGUCGUCAGGCAGAAAAACAGGCCCCGGGCUGCGAGGAGUACAACCUGUUUGGAGACAAUUCCAGAAAACCUUUACCCCCAAUUCCUGGAGAGGAACGGAAAGAUGGGAGGCCCCCGACGCCUGUCGAUGAUGAUGAGGAGGAGGACGAAGACGAGGAGGAGGAGGAGGAGGAGGAGGAGGAGGAGGAGGUGGUCGUGGCUCUGUACAACUUCUCUGCCACUGAGCCACAUGACCUGAGCCUGGUCAAAGGAGGCGAGUACGUCAUCGUGGAAAAGAGCGACGUCCACUGGUACAAAGUGCGCAACAAGCACAGUGAAGAAGGCUACAUCCCCAGUAACUACGUCACAGAGAAAGAAUCAGGAAACCUGGAGCAGUUUGUGUGGUUCAGUAAACAGGUCAACAGGAACAAGGCCGAGGAGCUGCUGAGGAAGGAGGACAAAGAAGGAGCCUUCAUGGUCAGAGACUCCAGCACCGCAGGAACCUACACCGUCUCUCUGUACGCCAAGUCCUCCGCAGGGGAGGGAGGAGCGGUGAUAAAACAUUACCACAUUAAGGAGACGCAGGAUUCACCUCCUCAGUUUUACUUGGCAGAGAAACACUUGUUCAGCUCCAUCCCUGAACUGAUCGAGUACCACAAACACAACGCAGCAGGUCUUGUAGCAAGGUUGAGGUAUCCUGUGAGAAAACAGGACAAGUGUGCUCCGUCCACGGCUGGUUUCAGCUACGAGAAGUGGGAGAUCGACCCCUGCGAGCUGACCUUCAUGAAGGAGCUGGGCAGCGGUCAGUUCGGUCUGGUGAGGCUCGGCAAGUGGAGGGCUCAGCACAAAGUGGCCAUCAAGGCCAUCAGGGAGGGCGCCAUGUUGGAGGAGGACUUCAUCGAGGAGGCCAAGGUCAUGAUGAAACUGUCCCACCCCAAACUGGUGCAGCUGUACGGGGUGUGCAGUCAGCAGAGACCCAUCUACAUCGUCACCGAGUUCAUGGAGCAGGGCUGCCUCCUCAACGUCCUCCGGCAGCGGCAGGGCAGCUUCAGCCUGGCGUCACUGCUGAGUAUCUGCCUGGACGUCAGCGAGGGCAUGGAGCACCUGGAGGCCAACGGCUUCAUCCACAGAGAUGUGGCGGCCAGAAACUGUUUGGUGAACGACCUCCUGGUGGUGAAGGUGUCUGACUUCGGCAUGGCCAGGUACGUGUUAGACAACCAGUACACCAGCUCAUCAGGUGCCAAGUUUCCGGUGAAGUGGUCGCCUCCGGAAGUCUUUAACUUCUGCAGAUACAGCAGCAUGUCGGACGUCUGGUCGUUCGGCGUGUUGAUGUGGGAGGUUUUCACCGAGGGUCGUAUGCCGUUUGAACGGCAUCAGAACCAUGAGGUGGUUACCAUGGUUACCCAGGGUCACCGCCUGUACAGGCCAAAAAUGGCCACGCCCACCAUCUACGACAUCAUGCAGCUCUGCUGGCACGAGAGACCGGAGGAGCGUCCGUUGUUCUCUCAGCUCUGCACGAUGAUCUCCAACGCUCUGGAAGGAGACGUCCCUCCUGCAAACUGAGCAGCAGCUCCGCCGCCUCGUCCACCAACCAUCCGAUUAUCUGAUCACGUCUUUGCUCAGCUCACAGCUCUGAACAUCACGACUGACGUUACGUCCACGAUGCAAAGUGCUGCGAAGUGCUGCUCCUCUGGGGGAGACGUAGAAACUGACUCUGACGGAGGAAACCUGUCGGCUUCGUCUGAUCCUGGUCGUUGACAAAAUAAUAUCAGUAUCAAAUAACAUGAAUCUUACUCUUCCUUCAGUGCAUGAACUGUUUCUGUGACUUUUACUGUAUCAUCUGGUUUCAUGUCAUUUCAUUAACAACCUGUAAAUUUCAUGGUCAAAUACAGAAGAGGAAAUAA